GUCUCCAACCUCCCUUCCAUCCCCUCUUAUUACGCUCGUUGACCACCGGCCCCUGGUUUAGUCUGCUCUGCUGCCAGAAAUGACGACGUACAGUCUCAAAGAAGACAGGCCGUUCCGCGAGAACGACAAGUACGGCUUGGAAGUACCGGAGAUUGCAGAUUUUUAUUGCCCAGACCACCCGUUGAUGCAGCAGCUAUGCGACGCCUGUGCCCGCGGCCAGCUUGACGAGUUUAAGAGACUAGUUGAGGAGUGGAAGGCGAAGGGCGCAGCGGCCACGCCCCCUCCCGGCCCAGAACACUACCCGUUAGGUACCCUGGAGCCUAUACUCUUCUUCGCAGUCCGACAACACCAGCAUCAGAUCGUGGCCUACCUGCUCGACGAGGGCCUGAAGCGCAGUGAGCUGGUGAUGGUCCACGUGCACGAAUUUCGGUGCCGCCCGCCCAUGUUGCAGGUCAUGCUCGAUCGCGGCUGGGAUAUCAACUUCACAAACAGUCCGGCCGACCCGCCACGUCUAGCAUUUGUGCUAGACGACAAGGAACUUGUCGAGUGGUAUCUGGCUCAUGGCGCCGAUCCCAACGCUGAGGCCAAGUACGGCUGGACUCCCUGGCUGCGCGCCAUAGUGCGGGCGCCGCUCGAUGUGAUCAAGAUAAUGCACGCGGCAGGCGGCCGGAUGGAUCUGGCUGUGCCAUUCGUGUGUUUCGGCCGCAACUAUCGCUCCGACAAGUCCCCGGAGCGUCUGGACGUGCUGCGGUACCUGCUCGACAACGGCGCGGACAUCAACGCUCGCUUAUUCGCGCAUAACCACUAUAACCGGGGUGCCUACUUCGACCCGGGCCCCGCCCUCAACCUGGCUCUGGGGGGCGGUCAGGACGAUAUCGCGAAGGAGCUGCUUGACCGUGGCGCCCGCACCGACAUUCCGGCGGGAGAGAUGAUGGGACACGUCACGGCUCUGGAAAGGGCGAGGGAGAAAGACGUUUCGCCGCACCUUUUGGCCAAAGUUGAGGAGUGUAGACGGCGGGAAGUCGCAGAGGCGGCGAAAGGGACACCAACGGAAGAUGCAGACUGAGAGGUUCCGGAGCUCGUUUCGCAAGUCCUAAUCCAGUGGAAAGAACACAUUGCUGGGUAUUGCUGGGUCUAUAGGGCCAGCGGUUCAUAUCGUACUGAACUGGAUGUCUCGAAACUGUGACAAGCCCCAGAUACAAUUAUAUUAGCAACAGCCAUCAGUAGCGUAAGCGGCAGGCUGUGACGAAGCUUGUUGCACAGCUUCUAAGAAGCGCGUUCUGAAUAUUGAUAGAAUCAAUUCUGCUGAGUUAAGGUGAGAAUGGAAAAGAUUCUUAGCCCUG